CCGUUUAAUGAAUGUCAUGCGCCAAUGAUCACUUAAAAGAAGUGUCAAAAAAAGUAUCAGUUAACUUUUUCUAAUCUCUCAGUUCAAUUUUAAGACCAUUUACAAAAUCACAAAGAGUAACAGAAUUAUUAUUCAAAUAGUCAACAAAAAUAAUGUCGAAUUCCGAAAAAGUUAAAGAGUUCUAUACAAACGAUAUAGUUUAUAGAUUUGAUAAACACAAGAGAAUUAAUUUUGGGGUGGUUAUAGAUAGUUAUGAAGCUUCCUCGGACGUGGAUGAAAGUAGUUCUCUGCAGAAAGGCCAGAUUAGAGUUUUGUGGAAUAACAAUUCCAGAGAACAAGUUUGGAGGCAGAGUAAAGUUCGACUGAUGAACAGGAGUAUCAUUCCUGGUGAUAUAGUCAGAAGAUUGGAAAAGGGUAAAGAGACUCAGAGAGGAUACUGCAAGGAAGCUAAACAGGCAGCUUCUGUACAAAUUGUUGGCACAGAUAGGGUAAUUGAACAUGUUUCGUGUGAGAGAUUACAUAGCGUUCGACCCUAUGAUGUUGAUGAUGCAGUUUGUUUGGGUAGCAAGUUUGGUCGAAUCGAGGUUGUGGAACAAAUGAUUUCAAUGGAAUCAAAAUGUGGAUCCGUUGUAGAUGUUCUGACCAGUAUUAACCACGAUUUGGAUGAUUAUUGGUUAUCAAAGAGGAACAGAAUUUCUUUUGAUGCUUAUUACCCAGGGCAGGAGUUGAUUUGUGUCCCAGGUAAUUUUGAACAACCUAAUUGGAUAAAAAAAUCCAAAACUAUGAAAAAAAAUAUUCAAACACGACAGAGAUUUACUGUACAACAUGUGGAAGAUAUUAUGAUAGAAGUAGCUUGGCAAAGUAAUACAUCUGGUUAUUCACAUAUUUCAGAAAUUCCACAGGAAGAUAUUAAGAAGUUGAAAGUACUUGAGCACCCAAGUGACACGUUCCUGGAAUUGUCUGAUCGUAGAUUGUUAAAACUUUCAACUGAUGUUCUACUAAAGAAAAAAGACUGGAUUAAAAAGUUAUCUGUAUCCUAUAGACCUGACAUUCCAAAAGUGAGACAUAUUGUUAGUUGCAAUUCAAAAAUAGUACCCAGAUUACCGAAAAUUCGCAGUACUGCUUUGGUUUACUCAUCUUUAGAAGGUGAAGGAGAGGAAGAUGAGUGGUGGACAGAAGAUGCUGAUGAAUCAGAGGAUGAUGGAAGUUCUUCUUCUCAAAACACAAGUAUACCUACUUCUAAAAAAAAAUAUUAUCCACCAAAACCUAGAGACCUGGUUGCAGGUCAUACACUCCCUGUUGAGUAUGCUUAUAGGUCUUUCCAGAAGUGUUUUAUAUUUGAUGCCGAAGAGAGCAUUUCCGAAGAACUAGCGGCUUCAAAUGUUUGCAAACGCCGUUUGGAGCACUUGAAAGAGCAUAAUACCUUGACUCCAAGUGGUACAUUAUCUGUGGCUGCUUUUAAUCAAUGGAGACGCAAAAGACUAGAUAGGAUGAUGGUGGAGUACUUCCUCAGGAAUGGAUAUUACAAUGCUGCAAUCACUUUGGCUGAUAGAUCCGAUAUCAAGGACCUAACGAAUAUUGAUAUUUUCCUAACAUCCCGUGAAGUGGAAAGGUCAUUAGCUCAUAGAGAAACGAAUAAAUGCCUUCUUUGGUGCCACGAUAAUAAAUCUAAGUUGCGCAAACUGAAAUCAAAUAUGGAGUUCAAUUUGCGAAUACAGGAAUUCGUUGAGUUGAUUCGAAGUGAGCGAAGAAUGGAUGCCAUCAAGCAUGCUCGGAAGCAUUUUCCGAGUUUUGAAGAGGAACAUCUUGUCACUAUUCAGCAAGUUAUGGCACUGCUAGCUUUUCCAGUUACCACAGAUCUAGCUCCAUACAAAGCUUUGUUUGAUGUCAAAAGAUGGGACACACUUAUUGAACAAUUUCGCCAAGAAAAUUACAGACUCUUCCAACUUGCUACACAGUCUGUUUUCACUGUUGCUCUGCAAGCUGGCUUGUCGGCACUCAAGACGCCUCAGUGUUAUUCUGAAAGCUGCGAGAACAGGAAUCCAACCUGCCCAGUUUGUCAGCCAUAUUUGAACGAGCUAGCCGAACAUUUACCAUUUGCUCACUGUUCGCAGUCUCGCCUUUAUUGCCAUAUCAGCGGAUUGCCUAUGAACGAAAACAAUCAACCAAUGAUGCUACCCAAUGGCCAUAUCUACGGAGAACAGGCACUGCAACAGAUGGCGCGCGAAAACAAUGGACAAAUAAUUUGCCCAAAGACAAAGGAUAUAUUCCCCUUCAAGAAGGUGGAAAAAGUAUUCGUCAUGUAAAUGUGAUAUUAUCCAACUACCACAAAUAGUAUUUAGGAAAUAGAUUAUUAUUAAUUUCGA